AUGUCCCCCGAACCUACAACGGCAUUGAAAGGCCCUGCCUUUGAACGCAUUCCUCCAUGGGUGCAGCAAAAGCUCUCUCCGCUUGCCAUUGACAAGAUCCAAGCUGUCCAUGAAUGGGUUGAGCACGAGUGCAUCCCCAGGGAGCCCAUCUAUAGAGCACAGCUCGAGGGCAAGCGAUGGAAUACGCCACCCAUUAUACACGAGCUCCGGCAAAAGGCCAAGGAGCGAGGAUUGUUCAAUCUGUUCCUCCCCAAACAUUUCAAAGAAAGUCCUGGUUUGACGAAUCUGGAAUACUCUUGCUGCGCAGAAAUCAUGGGCAGAUGUUAUUGGGCCGCUCAGGCAAGUAUAUCCAUUCCUACAACAACAACAACAACAACAACAACAAACACAAACACUCCUCUAUCGUAUCAAUAA